AUGCCGACGCUCCCGGAGAAGGUUAUCCAGGCAGAUGGCCAUCACAAUGUGUGUCCAGGAGGACCUUCCCCUCGGACCCCCCGGAGCCCCUCCCAUGUUCCUGAUGGAGCCCGCGAGGACUGCGCCUUAACAGCGUCCAGACUGGCGGUCUGUAGCCAUCCUGAGUUCUCGGCCUACACCGUUUACGGUCGCGCCAUUCCAGGCGUUCUGAGACGCAUCCGGAGGCUGCCCACGCGCCAAUCUGAGCCAUCCACUGACCUGCCUGCCCAGAAGGGCCGUAGGCUGAGCAAGUCCUACGCCGUCACUGUCAAGUACCACAGCGCAGCCGCAAAGGGUCACGAGCCGAUCCGGCUCCCAGUCCAGGAGCUGCCCAGGACGGCCGUCCCGUACACAGUCAGCGACGCCAGCUCCCCCACCCCCCACUCAGGCGGCCCCGCCACCGACACUCAGAUUCGAUCUACUCUCAAAACUGGUGUGAGAGGCUUGGUGGUGCGAGAGGCCAGUAUUGAGAUUAUACGGCAGCAAGUAGAGGAGCUGUUUGGACCAGAGGACUUCUGGUGUCAGUGUGUAGCCUGGAGCUCUGCAGGGACCACCAAGAGUCGCAAGGCACACGUCCUCAUCGCGUAUCUCAGGAAGACGUUUGACCAGGAGCCUCUGGGAAAGGAAGUGUCUCUAGAACAGGAAGUGCUUCUUCAGUGCCGCCCCCCAGAAGGAAUCCCUGCUGCUGAGGUGGAGUGGCUGAAGAAUGAGGAGAUCAUAGACCCUGCUGAUGACCGUAACUUCUACAUCACCAUCGACCAUAACCUGAUCAUCAAACAGGCCAGACUGUCUGACACAGCUAACUACACAUGUGUCGCCAAGAACAUCGUCGCUAAGAGACGGAGCACCACGGCAACCGUCAUUGUCUAUGUGAAUGGUGGCUGGUCAACGUGGACAGAGUGGACGGUGUGUAACAGUCGCUGUGGCCGUGGCUACCAGAAGCGUACGCGGAGCUGCACCAACCCAGCACCUCUCAACGGCGGCGCCAUCUGUGACGGGCAAGGCAUUCAGAAGCUGGCAUGUAACCCACUGUGCCCAGUGGAUGGUCUGUGGACAGAGUGGAGUAAAUGGUCCACGUGUGGGACAGAGUGUACCCAUUGGAGGAGGAGGGAGUGCAGCGUCCCGGCGCCCAAAAACGGUGGGAAGGACUGUGAGGGCAUGGUGCUUCAGUCCCAGAACUGCACCGAUGGCCUGUGUAUGCAGAGUUCCUUAUAUCAGAAGUCCUCUGAAUUCAACAAAGACAAGAUUGAUUUGGGAUAUCCAUCUGCCCCCAGUACAGAUGAUGUGGCACUGUACGUAGGCGUCGUCAUCGCUGUGAUCAUGUGUCUGGUCAUCUCCGUCAUUGUGGCGCUGUUCGUCUACAGGAAGCACCAUCGCGACUUUGACUCUGAUAUCAUAGACACCUCGGCCCUCAACGGGGGUUUCCAGCCCGUCAACAUCAAGACGGCUCGAACAGCUGACCUUCUGACAACACCCCCUGACCUGACCUCUGCUGCGGCCAUGUACCGCGGUCCGGUCUACGCCCUCCAUGACGUCGCAGACAAGAUUCCCAUGACCAACUCCCCCCUCUUGGACCCCCUGCCCAACCUGAAGAUCAAGGUGUACAACUCCUCUGGUCUGGUAACCCCUUCAGAGGACCUGUCUGAAUUCUCCUCCAAGCUGUCCCCUAAGCUGCCCCACUGCCUGCUGGAUGGGGACACCAUGGGGAGGAGGACCCAGACCCAGACCCUGCUCCGUACCGGCACCAGGGACCCCUCCUGUACCGCUCUGGGCUCCUUCAACUCCAUGGGUGGACACCUCAUUGUCCCCAACUCAGGGGUGAGUCUCCUAGUUCCAGCGGGGGCUGUCCCACAGGGUAGAGUGUAUGAGAUGUACGUGACCGUUCACAGGAAGGACAGCAUGAGACCCCCAGUCGAUGACUGCCAGACAGUGCUGAGUUCAGUUGUGAGCUGUGGCUCCCCAGGGGCCCUCCUGACUCGCCCAGUCAUCAUCACCAUGCACCACUGUGCUGAGGCCAAUAGUGAUUCAGCCGAGGAUUGGCUGAUCCAGCUCAAGAGCCAAUCACAGCAGGCCCAGUGGGAGGAGGUGGUGGUGGUAGGAGAGGAGAACUUCACCACUCCCUGUUACAUCCAGAUGGAUGAGGAGGCAUGUCACAUCCUGACAGAGACCCUAGGGACAUACUGCCUGGUGGGCCAGUCCUGCAGCGCGGCCACCACCAAGAGACUCAAACUGGCCAUCUUUGGCCCUGUCACCUGCCCUGCCCUUGAGUACCACAUUAGAGUUUACUGCCUGGAUGACACACAGGACUCAUUCAAAGAGGUUCUGCAGAUGGAGAAACAGAUGGGAGGGAAACUCCUGGAUGAACCAAAGACACUCAACUUCAAGGACAGCACCCACAACCUGCGACUGUCCAUCCACGAUGUCCCACACACACUGUGGAAAAGCAAGCUACUAGCCAAGUACCAGGAGUUGUCAUUCCAGCAGGUGUGGUCUGGGUCCCAGAGGAACCUCCACUGUACUUUCACCCUGGAGAGGUUCUGUCCCAGCACCGUAGACCUGGCCUGUAAGCUGUGUGUUCGACAGGUGGAGGGGGAGGGACAGAUCUUCCAGCUCAACACCACCCUCUCAGAGGACACCCAGAGUAUCGACACGUCUCUGCUGGACCCGGCCAGUAACAUCACAACCCUGGUGGGGCCCAAUGCCUUCCGCAUUCCCCUCUCCAUCAGACAGAAGCUCUGUGGCAGCCUGGACGCCCCACAGAACCGAGGGAACGACUGGAGGAUGCUGGCACACAAACUCAACCUGGACCGGUAUUUGAAUUACUUUGCCACUAAAUCCAGUCCUACGGGGGUGAUUCUGGACCUUUGGGAGGCCCAACACUUCCCUGACGGGAACCUCGGCCGCCUGGCUGCCGUGCUGGAGGAGAUGGGUCGCCAUGAGAACCUCGUGCUCAUGGCAACAGACCACUGA